UUUCUUUCGAUGAUGACUGCAGUCAGGUGCAAUGUCCUGUGGAAACUAGCCUCUGCCCGCCAGAUAGCGUGGAGCGACACCCAGCGCCCAUUGUCGAUGUACUGUAUGGUCCUGAUGAAUUUUUGCCACCACAUGAGUUCUACGAUGAUGACGUCAAUCCAGCUGAUGUAAUUAACCAUCAAUACGAUGAACUGCCGUUGCGCGUGAGUGCUGUUAUGGCGCCAACUAAUGCCAGCACAGGCACAGCUACAACCUCGCCUACAACUACAACGUCAACUCAGUCCGCGGACAGUUUGGGUACAGAGUUUUUAGAGCCCAAAAAGGAAUUUAAACGUGAACUGGUAUUUGACAACGCAAAUAUGGAUGAUCUUGAUGAGCACCACCGUCUGUUGGGAAUAUGUUGUGUCGGUGUAGCGGAAGAAAAUCGGCGACGCCGACGAAGGCUUCGCCGUUCCAGUGUAUCGAGUGAUUGCGAAUGUAAACCCUGUGAGGCGAUACCACAAUGCUCCACAGGUGAAGUGGCUAUUAGGGUUCACGAAGCUGCUGGUUCCCCAGGUGAUUGCUGUCCGCGAUAUGCUUGCGAACCGAAACCGGUAUGCGGUGAUACAACCGUUGUUCAGACUUACUGGCAAAAUGCUUGUACACGCUGCAGCUGUUACGGUCCGAAAGGUGUAGAGCUAUGUCACAACGAAUGCCCCGAAAUGGAGCAGCAGGAGACGGAGCGCAGUUGUUACUCCGAUAACUUGCAGGAACCGCAGUUACAUGGCAGCGAGUGGUAUGAAAACCAUUUUUGUACGAAAUGCCGCUGUGACAAUGGUGUCCGGGAAUGUGUGGAGAGCUUAUGUAAGCCAGUGGGCUGCAGUAAUCCGAUAAAAGUAGAGGGACAGUGUUGUCCACAGUGUCCCACAGGUGUGG